CUUAGCAGGUGGGAAGAAUGAAAGGAAGGGGGGAUGAAAGAAUGUUGAACCUUUUUGUUUGGGUGUAUGAUGGAAGGAAACAGGACAGAGAACCUCUGCAAUAAAUCAUUCGGAUGGCUUCAGCGACAAGAGAAUGAUGCUAAACCAUGGCUCUGGAAACUUUCUAAUUGCUUUUCUGCUGCUGAAAAGUCUUUGCCUUGCAGUGCGAAAACGAAAGAUUACAUGGAGAACAAGAAAGCUGCUGUAGAAUUAAAGGAUGCUUCAUCUCCUCAUAAUGCUGGCUCUAAACCGUUUCCAGCAGUACCGCUUCCUGAUGUUCGUCCUCUUCAGCAACAGCAAAUACAGCUUUCACCUGGCCCGAAAGUAAGCUGCUGUGCUCAUGGCUCUGACUCUUCUUGUACUCCACAAAUGCAUUGUGGUGGUGGUGGUGGUAACUUGAUUCACCCUGGCACAAUAUUAGACUCAAAAAGCACUGGGACGAUUACUUGUCAAGUAGGGUCAGGAUUUGCUUAUCAGUCUGCAUCUUCACUGAAGAAUCCUCCAGCUAGAAGCAAUUUGGCAGGCAUUGCGAGUGAGUUCCCUGGCAUGUGUGUAGAAAACAGUGUAUCUUCCUGUCAACAUCUGCCCUGUUGUGGAAAACUCCAUUUCCAGUCCUGUCAUGGUAACAUGCACAAACUGCAUCAGUUUCCAGCCCUUCAGAGCUGCACAUCUUCCGGCUAUUUCCCUUGUUCUGAAUUCACAAGUGGGGCUACAGGCCACUUGGAUGAGCAUAUUGCACAGUCGGAGUUAACAUCACGUGUGUGCGCCAACCCUUUGCACCUAAACAUGGCACCUUCGGUUUGUUUAAAGGGCUCUCACUACUGCAAUGACUGCUUGAGCAAGCCAACCAGAAACAGCCUAGUUGAUGCUGCUAAAAUCUGGCCAAAUAUUCCUCCUCCAAGUGCACAGACUGCACCUGUUCCUAUCCCAGUAUGUAAUGGCUGUGGAACCAAAGGAGCAGGAAAUGAGAAGAGUUUGCUACUGGCGAGCAGCCUUGGCAAAUCACCACAGAAAUAUGGGUCUCCGGAAGUUGCAAUAACAGGCCAAGUUCUGGAAAACUUGCCCCCCAUUGGAGUCUUCUGGGAUAUUGAAAACUGUUCAGUUCCCACUGGCCGUUCAGCUAUAGCGGUUGUACAGAGGAUUCGUGAAAAGUUUUUUAAAGGUCACAGAGAGGCAGAAUUCAUCUGUGUAUGUGACAUUAGUAAAGAAAAUAAAGAAGUUAUUCAGGAACUAAACAACUGCCAGGUGACUGUUGCGCACAUCAAUGCUACAGCAAAGAAUGCUGCUGAUGACAAACUCAGACAGAGUCUUAGGAGAUUUGCUGAUACACACACUGCGCCUGCCACUGUGGUUCUUGUGUCAACGGAUGUAAACUUUGCUUUGGAACUCAGUGACCUGAGACACCGACAUGGUUUUCGGAUAAUUUUGGUACAUAAAAACCAAGCUUCAGAAGCACUCUUACAUCAUGCUCAUGAGCUUAUUUGUUUUGAAGAAUUUAUUUCAGACUUGCCACCAAGGUUACCACUGAAAAUGCCGGCAUGCCAUACAUUAUUAUAUGUUUAUAAUCUGCCAACAAACAGAGACAGCAAAAGUGUCAGUAAUAGACUCAGGCGUUUGUCAGACAACUGUGGAGGGAAGGUGCUGAGCAUUUCUGGAAGCAGUGCAAUUCUCCGUUUUUUAAAUCAAGAAAGUGCUGAAAGGGCUCGGAAGCGAAUGGAAAAUGAAGAUGUUUUUGGUAACAGGAUUGUAGUGUCUUUUACUCCCAAAAACAAAGAACUUAAUGAAACAAAAAGUUCCAGCUUUGUGGGAGCUGAAAAGAUGAAGUCUCCCAAAAAAAUUAACAAGAACACAAAGCUGUGCCUCCUCAACAAAGACUCAAGUGAUCAGUCUCUUGGUACCAAAGGCUCUGCUGGGAGAGGAUUCCAGAUUCAUGGAUCGAUUGUCAAACCCACACAUGUUAAAAGUUUACAGGAACUGUGCCGCCUUGAAUCAAAGACCACCAGUAGAAAUACUGAAAACCAGCAAGAACAUUUAGGAGAACAAAUUCCUUCUCCUCAGAGCAACUCUAAUGCAGUGAUUCCUGUGUCUCUGGCAACAAAAAAAAUCGGAAUGGGAGAAUCAUCCUGUAAAAGUAGUCAGAAAAAAGAGACCUCUGCUUCCAGGAGCAUUACCAAUUCCCCUGUAGAUAAAGAUAAAGACGAAACUGUAUUUCAGGUCAGCUAUCCCUCUGCUUUCAGUAAGUUGACAGCCUCAAGACAACUCAGUCCUUUACUCAUGUCUCAGAGUUGCUGGUCAUCUCGGAGUAUGUCUCCAAACCUCUCAAAUAGAUCUUCUCCACUCACGUUUAAUGUAGUAAAUCAUACCAGUGGUACAGACUGCCCUGAUCCUUUUGCAAAUGGUGCAGACAUUCAGAUAAGCAAUGUAGAUUAUAGAUUGUCCAGAAAAGAGUUGCAGCAAAAUUUACAAGAAAUUUUCUCAAGACAUGGCAAGGUAAAAAGUGUAGAGCUCAGUCCUCAUACAGACUACCAGUUGAAGGCUACAGUUCAGAUGGAAAAUCUGCAAGAAGCAAUCAGUGCUGUCAACAAUCUUCACAGAUACAAGAUUGGCAGUAAAAGGAUCCAGGUCUCAUUAGCAACAGGAGCUGCUAGUAAAUCACUCUCUCUACUCGGCUCAGAAACAAUAUCCAUUCUGCAGGAUGCACCUGCUUGUUGUCUGCCUGUAUUCAAAUUCACAGAAAUCUAUGAAAAGAAAUUUGGGCAUAAAUUAAUUGUAUCAGACUUGUAUAAGCUAACGGAUACUGUGGCAAUCCGUGACCAAGGAAGUGCGCGGCUGGUGUGCCUUUUACCCAGCAGCCAAGCCCGGCAGAGUCCACUGGGAUCUUCACAGUCACAUGAUGGUUCAUCAGCAAACUGUAGUCCUAUAAUAUUUGAAGAGUUGGAAUACCAUGAGCCUGUUUGUAAGCAGCAUUGCCUGAAUAAAGACUUUAUUGAGCAUGAGUUUGAUCCAGAUUCUUAUAGAAUUCCUUUUGUGAUUUUGUCUCUGAAGACAUUUGCUCCCCAAGUUCAUAGUCUUCUACAGACACAUGAGGGUACUGUGCCUUUACUGAG